AUGAUACAAAAUAAAUUAUUACAAGAACCUGAUUUCUUAAUUCCUUAUCCAAUUCGAUUUUGGGUAUAUCUAUUUUCUUUAAUUCCAUCGUUAGCUUGUUCUAUUUUCGUUCUUUAUCAUUUACUUAUCGAUAAAGUUCUACAUAAUGCACUUAAUAAUCAUGUUAUUAUCGUACUUCUAUUAAAUAAUUUGGUGUAUCAACUCAUCGAUAUUCCAUUAUCACUCAGUUUUUAUCAUUUGGGUAAUGUUUGGCCAGCCUCACCCAUCUUAUGUCUAUUUUGGAUGUUCAUCGAUGAAACACUUUUCUCUCUUUCAUUAAUACUAGUAGGUGGAGCUUCUAUUCAACGACAUAUUCUUAUCUUUCAUAAACAGUGGUUGUCAACAAAUAAAAAACGCAUCUUUAUUCAUUAUCUUCCAAUAGGUGUACUCUGUUUCUAUUGUAUCGUAUUUCAUUUUAUAACGAUUCUAUUUCCACCAUGUCAAAACAGAUUCAACUAUAACAUGUCGGUGUGUGGAUAUCCACUUUGCUAUUAUGACAUACGACCAAUGCUUGUAUGGGAUAUUGCUAUAAAUAAAAUGCUACCCACUCUAACAACUGUUGUAUUCAGUAUUGCUCUUCUUGUACGCGUUCUCUUACAACGACGUCGAAUACAUCAACAUAUUCAAUGGCGAAAGCAUAAAAAAAUGACAAUACAAUUACUAGCUAUUGUAAUGCUUUAUUUCUUUCUUUAUAUUCCAUUCAUGAUUAUAGAAUUGAUUCAAUCCUGCUGCAUACCGGUCAAUUUUGGUGUCAACUAUGAAGUAUUUGGAGAAUUUUUUUCAUAUUAUGUUAUGUUCUUAUUUCCAUUUGUCAACGUCUUGUCAUUGCCUAAUUAUAAGGGUAAAAUCAAAGAUGCAUUUUCAUUUUGCCACCGACAGAUCCGAACUAUCAUUUCUGUAUUAUUACCAUUAAAAUAUUUUGAUGCACUAAAAAGCAACGCUGUGGCACCUAUACCCUAACCUUAGUAAUUGAACAAUGUACUAUUGAAAAAAUAAAUUAUCACUUUAUUCUUUCCUGUACAAAUAUUUUUGAAAACUAAGCUGUAAGAUAAUGAAAUAUGUGUAUGAGUGUCGAAAAGUUUUCUUUAUUUGACACAGUCAGGCAUGUGAGCAACAUAAGAUGCAUAAAACAUAUUUUGCAUUGCGAGUAUCCGUCGAUGAACAUCAAGAGCCUCAUCGUACUUUUAUUUUCCGUUUAUUUCAUCAUCAAUGUUGUUCAGAGUACAAACAAUGUCAAAAUGAAUAGAUGAAUAAUAUUUCUGUGAAAUCCCAAGCAUUAUUCACGAAUUUCACUGAUUUAUCAUAUUUUCGUUCCCCAAAGUAAAAGAGUCAAAUGUGACUGAGACUAUAAACGGUGUUGAUACGGCUAGAUGGAUCAUAUUCCUUUUGCAUGAACAGUGCUCGUCGAUACAUGCCGAUAGCUUCGUUAUUCUGGCUUUGCCGAUGCAGAAUGUCACUAAUGGUGUUGCGAGCAGCAGCGAUAUACACAUGACCAGAUGAGUAAUAUUUCCCGUAGAUUGCCAUCGCUCGUUGAGAAAAAGCAUUGUUAGCGCAGCUCCAAUGGAGCCAAAAUGUGGAACCCACAUCACAAUUCCACAAGAACACAUGAGAAAAGGUGCUACCUAUGACCGUUUAUAAACAAAUAUGUCUAUCAGCCUGAUGUCCAAGAAACCACAAUAUCAAGGUUGAAAAAUCCGUAGUAUUAUGGUUUGAAAAGUCAUAAGAGACAGCGAAUUUAAGAUCACAUAAAUCAAACAGCCAAUGUGUCGAACGAAAAAAGCGCAUUUUAUAAAUUAAUUAUUUUUUUUUUCAUCUUUUUCUACGAUAAAUUAAUAAUGGUUAGAUAAACUACUUUUGAGCAAUAGUGUCUGUAAGUUGGAGUGCUCGCCGAAGCUUGAUGCAGACUUACACUCAUUAUUUUUAUUUAGUGAGUUCGACAAAAUCAAGCCCUUCAUCAUACUUUUCUUUGUCAUUACGAAUGAAAUUGAUCGAGAUGAGGCUAAUAUCAAUAUCGACAUGACAAGUGUUAUAAUAUCCCUCAAGAAUGGUCAGCGCUUGUUG